UUCCUCACUCCAACCCCCGUUCGAAUAAGCUUUCCCUCCCUCGUAAACAAAUCAAAAAAUUACAAAAACCCCCCUCGAUUCCCCAUUCCCGCCUCAAUCCCUUCCAUCGCCUCUUCAAACCCUACAAUUUCUCUCCCCUCCCCCUCUUCAUAUCAUUGAUCGAGACCCAGGGUUCGCAGAAUGGAUCCUCAGAUCCUCGUCGCCCUCGGCCUCUCCCUUGUCGGCGGGCUCAGCACCUCAAUUGGUGCACUUUUUGUGGUUCUUACUCAUACUCCCAAUCUCAAAUUACUUGGUCUUCUACAGGGUUUUGCUGCUGGCCUCAUGCUGAGCAUGUCAUUUUUGGACUUGACCCAUAAUGCUCUGAACUCCGUUGGCUUUCUAAAGGGUAACCUUUGGUUUUGUGCGGGAGUUAUUUCUUUUGCAAUUGUUGUUACUUUUAUACCUGAACCUUCACUUGUUCCAAGAACAGAUGUAGGUAACAAAAAGGAUGAUGAUGAUGAUGGAUCAGGUAAAGCCAUUAUGAAGAAGCAUCGCCGGCAGGUCUUAUUUAGUGGAAUUAUCACUGCAGUUGUUGCAGGUAUUAGUUUGCACAACUUCCCUAAGGGAGUGGCAGUGUUCCUUGGUUCAAUGAAGGGGCUUCGUGUUGGCAUUAACCUUGCUCUAGCUAUUGCAUUGCACAAUAUUCCAGAGGGAGUUGCUAUAGCCCUUCCUGUCCAUUUUGCCACUCAAAGCAAAUGGCAGGCAUUUAAACUGGCAAGUCUUUCUGGUUUUGCCGAGCCGCUAGGUGUAAUUAUUGUAGCUUAUCUCUUCCCAACCGGUCUAAGUCCUGAAAUUCUUGAAGGCUUACUUGGAGCAGUCGGUGGAGUUAUGGCUUUUCUCGCUUUACAUGAAAUGCUUCCGGUGGCAAUUGACUAUGCUGGCCAAAAGCAAGCUGUGAAAGCGGUCUUUGUUGGGAUGGCUUUCAUGUCUGCAAGCCUAUACUUUGUAGAAAUCAGCUUGCCAAAGGAAAUGAGUGUGUAAACGUGCGAUGGUCUAUCAAUUACUGUUGCAGAAACACAUUCUUUGUACAUUCCAGAAACUAGGCAGGUCCUUCUCUUGUCAAUAUAUACAAACUGUAAUCUGUAUAUUCGUUCAAAGGAAUAAAAUUGUUGGCAUUACAUUUCUUGUA